UAGGACGUGGACACGCUCAGCGGGACCUCAUGACUGAAAGGGGACUGCUGAAAUCGUGGAUGUCAACCAUAGGCCUGUUCGUGAAAAUCUAAAAUCAGAACGAACGAGAACUGAAUCUACCCAGAAGGAUGACGGAAGGCCUACAGAAAUUUGCGGGUAAAUGGAAGCUAGUCCGCAGUGAGAAUUUUGAGGCCCUGUUGGAUGUUAUGGGCUUGAAUUUCGUGAUGAAGAAGAUGUUAAAACUGAUGAGCCCAAGUCAAAACAUUGUUGUGAACGAGGAUGGGUCUGUGAAUAUCAAGCUCCAUUCAGGGCCGGUAACUCAAGACAUGACAUUCCGGCUGGACGAGGAAUUUGAAUACGACCAAAGGAACAUCAAGAUCAAAGCAAAAUGUCACAUGGAGGGUGAGAAGCUGAUAAUGCAUCAGUCACCGGACCCAUCUUCCGGGGUUAAACCGCAAACCAUGACAAGGGAGAUAACCUCGGAUGGAGAACUAGUUCAGAGCAUUCAAUGUGAGGAUGUCGUGGCGAAGCGUUACUUUCAGCGAGCAUCCUAGUGAGAUGACCUGGGAAUAAGAUUACGACCCUUUGACGAGUAACAUGACGUCAUUAAGUGUAAUUUACGUAGCUUUUGCGUCAUAUCCAUACAUGCACUGGUAUACCAGUGUACCCGAGUCCAGCAAAACGGGCUCCUUUAAAUGAACAGAUCAUCAUCAUGAUGCACGCGUUUUAUAAACUGUUUAUAAUGUAUCCUAACACUAAAUCAAGUCGACGUAGUGCCUACAGCAUUACAUUCCACAGAUAAGCGCACGUAUACUUAACAGACAUGUUAAGACUUUACAUGCAGUUUGCAGAGAGCGGUAUGACUCCCUACAACAGGGAAACAAUCAUUAUUCGCCCUUUCAUACAUUUUUAAUUUUUACAUUUUUCAUGUUCAGAUAAGAAUAUGGGGAACAUUUCUCCACACAGUUUUUUUAGUCAGAUUGUCCAUUGUUCUCUUAUAAUGCACGGACACUGCACACGUCACUGGUUUUCUCACAGAUCGUCAUUACAAAUGUAGAAAUGAACAAUAGACAACACAGGUUUGAGAUUAAUUAUUAUUUAGGCCAGAUAAGAAUGUAUUGUGUAAAGGAUAUACAAAAACGUCCCUCAACUUUCUUUUAGGGCAUAAAAAUGGUUUCAAUCCAUAGUUUGACAAGGCCAUAGCCGUCAGUCCAAAAAUAGCCAGCCGAGGUGACGUCAACGGGUACAGCAGUUGAAACACCUUUUGUGGGGGAAAGAGUUUGAUAGGU